GGCGGCGGCGGCGGCGGCGGCGACGACGAGGAGCCGGCGCCCGAGCCGGCGCCCAAGCCGGUGGCUGGCUGGAAGGGGUGGCAGGACCGGGUGGCCGCCGACCCCCAGUUUGUGUACAAGGUGGUCAUCGAGCAGGUCAUCGGCGUGUCAGCCAGCGUGGUGGGCGACAUGGCCUCGCGCCCCAACUGGGGCCUCAAGGAGCUCGACUUUGUGUUUGCCACGCUGGUGGUGGGCUCCAUCGUCAACUUUGCGCUCAUGUACCUGCUGGCACCCGUGGCCUCCGCCUCUGGCGCCGGCGCCCAGCUGGGCCUGGUGCAGAAGGUGUUUGGGGAGCACUACCUGCGCGCCUGGGCCGCCCCCACGGGCCACAUGUUUGAGCCCGGCUUUGCGCUGGGCGCGCGCGCCGUCAACUUCGCCUACAAGGGCGCCGUCUUUGCCUUCAUCGGCAUGUGCGCGGGGCUGGUGGGCACCGCCACGUCCAACGGCCUGCUGGAGCUGCGCAAGAAGAUGGAUCCAGCCUUCCAGCCGCCGAACCAGCCCCCCAGCGUGCUGGGCAACGCGUCGUGCUGGGCGCUGCACAUGGGCGUCUCCAGCAACGCACGCUACCAGAUGCUCAACGGGCUGGACAUGGUCCUGCAGCCGCUGGUCCCCUCCAGCGCCUUCCGCGUCGUCACAUCCGUCAUCCGCGGCCUGAACAACAUGAUUGGCGGCAUCUCGUUUGUGAUGGUGGCAAAGGCGCUGGGGGUGCAGAAGGCGGCGGAGCCGGCGCCCCCACCGGAGCCUGUGGGCAAGGGCAAGAAGAAGAAGAAGUGA